CGCCGCCGCUGCUGCUGCUGCUGCUGCACACUCUGUUCCAGCCGCUGCAGCGUUCACUCUGCUGCUGCUCUCCGUCUGUUUCUGCUUCAUUUGCAUCGUUUUUACAUCUUUAUUUUCGUGUUAUUCUCAAGAUUAUUCGACAUGGACCCGAGACUGCUGCUGGCGGUGGUUUUUAGCCUGAUUUUAACCGAGACCGAGUCGAAAAGAGGCGGUUUGAAGCGCGGAACCAGAGCGCAGGUGCUGGGCUUUGAUUGGAAGAACUGUGGUGACCCAGAUGACCCGGCGGUCCUGAAAACUCUGAGCGUGGCCCCGGACCCCAUCUCCAUCCCGGGGCUCCUCACCGCAGCAGCUUCAGGGGCCACUUCAGUAGAGCUGUGCGCCCCCCUGUCGUUGAACGUGACCCUGGAGAAGGAGGUGGCCGGUUUCUGGGUGAAGAUCCCGUGCCUGGACGAUUUAGGCAGUUGUCACUAUGUAAACGUGUGCGACCUCCUGGACCAGCUGAUUCCUCCGGGUCAGGACUGUCCCGAGCCCCUGCACAGCUACGGCCUGCCCUGCCGCUGCCCCAUCAAAGCCGGCUCUUACUCUCUGCCCCAGUCGGACUUCGAUCUCCCGGAGGUGGAGCUUCCGUACUGGCUCACGAACGGCCACUACCGGGCUCAGGGCGUGCUGGGCAAGGACGGCAAAGAGCUGGGCUGCCUGAAGGUGGCGCUAUCCCUCCACUCGGUCUGACGGCGCUCGUUCAGUUCGCUCACGACGGCGGGUUUCUCGGCAAGAGUUUAAAUGAACCGUAAAAACUUCUGGAGCCACUUGGACAAACUGGAGUUUUUUUUUUAUUUUUUAUAGUUUGAUUAAAAAUGCAAUAACCACUUUUGUUUUUACUUACUCCAGAAUUGUUUGAGUUUAUAGACAAAACAUUAGACUACAAAAUUUGUAUUAAACCCAAACCAUUAGAUCGUUGUUAAAGCUGCACUGUGUAACAUUUCUAGCCGAGCGUCCACCACCUGCUUUUAAUCCGUCUAGAUGUUUAUUAUUGCGUCGUCUAGAAUGUUCCACAGUGUCGAUUAAACUUGUCUAACGUGAGGGAGACGAGCAGGUCACAGCACCGCGCCACGUUACGGGUCAGAUCUGUGGAGAGGCGCCCCUGUUCACUGAAGAAAUUAUUGGAUUUUUGAGCAACAGAAAUGAAUAAACGGUAGAAGGAAAAGUUUAAAGUCGUAUCAUGGCAAAGCGGUAACAUUUCCAGAGAGACAAGCAGGUAGUGGACCCUCUACUGAAAAAGUUACACAGUGGACCUUUAAUUACAGCUUUAAAAUAGCUGUGAAGUGGUACAAAAAAAGCUGUGAUCGAUGCGCUGCUGUUUCACAUUACCGGCCCGGUUCACAGAGCUGCCUGGACAGUUUCUCUUCCCUCAAAUUCUUCCCGUUUCGUUCGUUUUGUGCUGGGAAUUUGCUGAGUCGUGCUAAAAUAAAUCUAUAUUUAAAUAUCAGACCGAGGACAGAAGGUUACACACGGACAGUAACAGACCGCGUGUUAUUAUCAUGGAUCUAUAACAGGGGUGGGCAAGUUACGGCCCGGGGGCCAUAUGCGGCCCUUUAAACCUUUUAAUCCGGCCCGCCGAACUGGAAUAAAUUACAAUAAUAAACCUUGUUGUUUUAUUUGUCAUGCAUUUCCAGCGUUUCCCAGUAGAUGGCGCACUAUAUAUACAUUGAGGUGCAGCGUUGGUCGCAAUGCUUUAUGGGAAAGUGUUCUUACAGGAGUUAUUCGGACCAUGAGUCAAGUAGUUGGUGGUCGAGAUAUAAGACUGAACUGCUUCCAUUUUAAGUUGGUAAAACUCAAACAUUGAAAACCUUUGGACUCUGACUUGUAAUUAUCAACGUGUACAACUUCGCAGAGUCUGGUUUUACUGUAUUUGCAGGUGGACUUAAUUAUUGAGCUAUAUUCAGUCAGAUUUGAAAAUGGUCAGGUCGUGAUGUUCGCUCACCUGUGGCGUGCACUGGAACAGAUAUAUACAUUUUUAUGUGUUCUGAAUCUUUCACAGUCGUGUUGAAGCGUGUAGUGAGCGUCUGAAGUCCUACAUAAACGUGAAUAUGAACGUAAUGGAGCCGAGCUCUUAACGCGUUAUGUCCUGUCUUCUAUCCGGCCCUUCAGUCAAACUUUAGGACCCUAUGUGGCCCAAGAGCCAAAAAGUUUGCCCACCCCUGAUCUAUAAUAAAAACUGGUGGACAGUCCCUCAGUCGUCCAAGUAGAAUCAGUUCAGCAGUUGACAAAUUGAACUGGGUUAGGUUAGGUCAUUUUAAGGGUGAAGUAUAGUUCUGCUUCGACUCAACACGCACUGCCUUGUCGCCUUGUCGCUGUCGUUUUUGAUUUAUGGAUCUGCGUCGAGGUCGAUGCCCCGCCAAGUAAUUCACCACCAAAACGCUAGGGGGCGACGAUAUCUGUCCAUUCAUAUAUACAGUCUAUGCAUGUGACCUGCAGACGUAUAAUCUCUGAAAAGUUUAACAUGAACCAUCUCCAACGCGAUAAAAGCACAGAACAGACUCACCAUCAGCAGAACACCCCUCUGUCACAGAAAGAACACUCAUAUUCCACUGAGUCGUGUCCUUUUUAAGUCUGACACAGAAGCUGAACCGCGUACUUUUUCAUUAGCCAUGCGGUUUUAAGUUUCUCAGUGUAUAUUGAAAGAAAGUAAAGCAGAGUACAGGAAAUAUCUGUAGUGCGGCGGUACGGACGACCAAUCACAGCCUUUAUCGUCUGCGUCGUUUCAAAGCAUAGUUAGAAAAUUUCGGAGGUGCACGUCGGUCGAUGCAGAGGCUCUGCGUGGGGGGUACGUGUCGACGCAGAGAACAUUUUGUAUGUGGAGCGACAACAAAACAAAAUCCCGUUUGUUAAUGGAGAGGAGCAGAAGACAAACAGACUGAGCUGCACUUUCUUGUUCUUGUGGUUUUACAGCAACAUCACGUCUUGGUCUCUUUGCAGUGGAAGGUGUUUCUUGGUGAACAGCUGGUGCCUUUCGCUUUGGCGUUGACUUUUUAAAUUUGUAACCGAGGUUGAGUGAGGGAUCAGGAUUUAGUUUUGUUGUUGCUCCACAUACAAAAUGUUCUCUGUAAACUCGGGAUGAUUUCUUAGACAGACAAAGUUUUCCUUUUUGGUUCUUCCUGUGGAUCAAUCCUGCCCAUCGCCUUCACCUUUCACUAUUUUUCAAUUCCGUUGGGAAGAGAAACAGUUUGAACGGAGGUUUACAGUCACACACAUCUGAUUCCCUUUUGCAUUUAUGGAGUUCGCAAAAAAAUUUCUCGAGCCGUUUUCCGCCGUUAGGAUCCAACAACCACACGAUUACGACGUCCGAAUCCCAAAACUAAAAUACGACAAUAUCAGAACCAGAAACAAAAGUGAUAUGGUUCAAAAGACUUGAAAAGAUCGACUUUGUCAAUAGACACAUCCCACUGGGAAAACAAACAUGGCAGUUUGAUGCUCACUUUUUCGGAAAAUCCUUCCCAGUAUGAAUUGUGCGAUGACCGGAAGUCUGAGAGUUUUGAUACGUGUAUUCCCAACGCACGAGAGAGAAGCAAAACUAGUCAGGCAGCUCCACGAACAGGGUCUUUUACACAUAAUUUAAGGAAUUAUAAUCAUUUUGUUAAAGCAGAACUGAGUAACUUUAGUGAUAGAGCUCCCCCUGCAGCUUCGUCAAGAGAAUACACCCUUUUUUAAACUUUUUUAAUUGAAGUAAAGUAAAUUAUAUUCACGUACGAAAGCACAUAACGUUGCCAAAUAUUUAAAAAAAUGACGCAAGGAGAGAAGACGAAUUCACUGAAACGCUCUGAAAAUACAAGCUUAACCGUCACAGGGACUUUCAGUGACGUUUGCCUAAAAAUGUUACAUAGUUCUGCUUUAAUUUGUACAUUUGUAAAUUAAGAAAACAAACGCAAAUUAUUAUUUCAACACCGUUUGGGUUCAGUCAGAUUGAAUUCUCUAGAGAUUUUUUGUGUCAUUUCAGCUCAUUUUCUUUCUGAAUUUAGUCUUAUUUUACUUUUUUUGUCAUUUUUUUUUUUUACAUGUCACUUUAUGGGAAUCACUUUUGCCAUUUUUUUUCUUAAAGCUGCAUUGUGGAACUUUACAUUUAUUCAGUUGCAGGUGGUUUUAUCGCUCAGAAAUACCUCAAAAAACAAAACAAGCAAACGUUCUGACUGAGCGGGGUCGUCUUUCCGCAGAUCCGACCUGUAUUUGACCGAGCCUCCACCAGAAAAGUUACACGAUGCAGCUUUAAUUUGUAUCGUUCUUUUAUAGUUUAAUAGUUUUACGUCGAGUGCCUUUAUAAAUGAAUUUGAAAUAAGUGUGUGAAUUCACUUUACAAGAACAUUUUGAAAAGUUUCUAGUUUUUAUGUUUAGUUUUUGUGGACAUUUUGCAAUAAAAGUGUAUCUGCCACCUGUUUGUCUCCAUGGAAACGUUAUUGCUUUGUCUAGAAUGUUCCGCAGUGUAGAUUAAACGGCAAAGACGAGCAGGUUACAGCUCAGAUCUGUGGAGGGGCGUCCCUAUUCACAGAAGAAAUUAUCUGUAUUUUUGAGCGACAGAAACACACUUAAUGAAUAAAUACUUGAUGGAAAUGUUUAAAGUCACACCGCGGAACAUUCUGGACAAAGCCGUAACAUCUCCACGGAGACGAGCGAAGCAGAAAUGUUACGCAGUGCACCUUUUAAAAGUUUUAUUUUCGCGUCGUUCUCGGCUUGACGUGUGAUUAAAAGUUGUUUACAGUUCAACACGGCGAUUCUUUAAAGUGCACUGUGGAACUUUUUUUUAAUCUUUUAAAUAUGUCUGCUCUCUGCUUGUCUCCAUGGAGAUGAUGUUCAAGGCCUGGAAUAUUCCUCAGUAUGGCUUUAAACUCACGUACUACCUGCAUUUGCUCCAUUUUUGGUGCAUUUUUUUUACUGCGUUUUUACUCUGAGCUGCUUGACUCGGUGGACAUAGAUGGAUUUAAAGCUGCACUGUGUAACUUCCCAGGCAACGCAUUCGCAUCACCAUGGAGACGAGCACAUGAGGGAGCCUUCACCGGGAAAGUUACACAAUACGCCUUUAAACUGUGGUGUUUUCUUCAGUGAAACAAACUAGGGCCAAACCUCGUGUCUGUUUGUUUUACUGGUCGAUCAUUUCAUUUUUAGUGAUUUUUUUUUUUUUUUUUUAAUUGAAAAUGUUCUUAUUUGUGUCAAAAUAUUUUAAUAUUCUUAAGUCUUAAAUAAAAUUCCUCAAACGUU